AAGAAACCCGACGCGAAGUUCAGAGAAAUAAAGCAGCGCGGUUUAAUAAAGUGCUGCUCACUGGCCCCUGCUUCUGAGCGAUAUGAUGGCGACGCUAUCGGUUAAGCUGCUCUGCUUCAUCGUCUCCGUUUGCAGCAGGGAGGGACUGAGGCUCGACUCCGCCCCCUCAGUGUGCUUCGCUGUCGUCUCUCAGCUGGCAGCUCGGUUCGGAGCGGAGUUGAGUGUGAUGGCUGUAGAGCUGCGCUCCAGUGUGAAAUAUGGCACUGUUCUGUCUUUCACCGCGCUUCUGCUCGCCUACUGGUUCCGCUCUCCUCAGUCGGUGCUGGAUGAGCGGCUGGGCGCUGUGCUCUCCUCUCUACUGCGCGCUGAGCAGAAAGCUGGGGCCAGGAACAUCCACAGACCCAGAGUGGCCGUCGGGUUUGGGGGCUGUGUGGACAUUAUUGUGGAUGGUGUGACUUUGCUGAACAAGAUCGGACUGCAACCGACUGAUCAGCCUCUGCACCAUGACUACAUUGAGGAUGCGGAGCAACUCACUCAGAGUUUUGCUUACUUUUUCGCUCCGGGAGCAGCUUCUGAGAGGUUUGUGAUAAACGACACACUCUUUAGUCAGCUGGUGGAGGCCUCUCGGGAGUUGCCAGGAAACCGCUGGUCAGUUGGGGGUAAUGCACCGGUGAUGGCAGGCAGGAUGGCGAGUGAGGGCUGUGACGUGCUGCUUGGGGGCACUUUCAGCCCAGACUUUAACGAGUACCUCUCGGAACAUAUCACAGUGGCGGGUAACACAGUGGAUGAACCAGAUAUUCAUCUGAUCUUGGAGUAUCCUUCUGGGGCAACAUGGGGGCCGUACACCUCCCGAAGAGCCAACAGGUAUAUAAUCCACAGUGAUGACCACAACCCAUACUUGGACUCGAUGGAGGAGUUUGAGAAGAAGCUCGAGGGCUUUAAGCCUGACCUGCUGGUGGUGGGAGGCCUUCAGAUGAUGGACAACUUUCCAUUUCAGCAAGGAGAGCGUGAUGCUUUACUGAGUCGCCUGGCUCAGCUGCUGUCUUCAGCAUCAUCUCAGACUAGCGUGCAUUUUGAAAUGGCCAGCUUUGUUGAUGAGGCUCUGAUGUCAGACUUGCUAGAGCUUGUUCUGCCUCAUGCUGACUCUCUGGGCAUGAACGAGCAGGAGCUGCCCAACCUGCUAAGCCUUCUACGUGGCAGCACUGUGACCGUGCUGUCUGACCCCAACCCCCGUGUGGCUACUGUGUUGGACCAGAUGCGUGAGCUUUACCGUGUUGUCAACCUCAGGCGUAGGCAGGCCGGUCGCGGUCGACCCCUCACCAGGCUACACGUUCACACACUGGCCUUCCAGGCAUUGAUCGUCACACGGGGCUCUCAGUGGAAGAACACCAUGUCAGCCGCAGCCAAAGCUUCACUCACCGCCAACCGGCACGUGUGCGGCUCAGUUGACAUCGACCCCAGCAAGGCGCGCCUCAUCAUGGACGAGUCAUUCUCUGUAAGCAGGAGGGAAGGCAGCCAGAGAAUUCCCCUGCAGGAAUCCCGGCCUGUCUCAUGCUGGACUGAGGAUGAAUAUGAGAUCUGUGUGGCUCCUGUACUCGUGUGCACUGAAGUGUAUCAGACUGCUGGGGGAGGAGACAACAUCUCCGCUGCUGGCCUCGUGCUGCAGAUCUAACAUAGGAGAAGGGAAGUGAACUCAUAAUCACUAGUCCCACUGCGCAAACAUCCCACAUAUAUGAAGCCUUUUUUUUUUCUUUUAAAGCUGUAGUCUUAUAAAUCAAGUACAGCACCAGUGUUGAGUUCCAAAAUUCUACACUUCUGUCUGUCUUUGUUUUUGUGACUUGCAUAUAAAACCUUCAGAUGUGUUUUUAUUCUGCACCAUUAUAUUCUGCAUUUGCAUGUGUCUGGGGUCAGUCACCUCGAAACCAUUCACUAAGAUGCUGGGAAGCUUAAUGAAGAUUGGUUCAAAGCCCAUAUCGAUAGUCUGAUUAAGAGUCAGAAGACUGGAAUAAUAAUAAUAAUAAUAAUAAUCCUUUUUUUUUUAUUAAUGGAGACAUUUGUGCUUUAAUUUAAUUAUCACAACACAACUAUAAUCAGUGCUUUACACUGCCACAUACUUGAUAACACACCUGCUCUUGUCUGUUUUCCUUUGCCUCUCAUUUUAUGUCUCCCCCUUUUUUUUUCUUUUCUUUAAAUCACAGUUUCCUUUUAUGCCUAACUUGCAUUAACUUUGAUUGCAUAAAAGAGAAUGUGGUUUGGGGCACAAAUUAUAGCCAGACCUUUUCUUCUUUCUUUCAUUUUGAACUCCUGCAUUUAUUUAUUAUUAUAAAUAAAUACAUUUUUAAACACACUGAGAUAUCACAGCAAAACCACUUAUCCUCCAGGAACAUUUUACUUCAUCUCAAAAUGCAUAGAAAAGAGGUCAUUGGCUUGAGACUUCUUGGUCAGUGCAUUGAUAUCUCUGGGGAACACCAAAAGCUCUUGGGUAUUAAUUUCCUAGUUUAGCACAUAAGGGUUUCAUGGGUUUUCGUAGCUUCUUUCAGUCCUUCAUGCCUGCAAAAUGAACCAAUGAUCUACCUACCUCCUGUGCCUAUGGAAGAAUUUGUUGCUACUUGAUCUCUAUGAAAUAUCUUGACUGCUACCUGGAUGGAUACAUGGAAGAGGGACUUGUUUUCCUGUUACCCUCCUGUAUGAGGCACAGCUGAGUGGUGUCGGAGAUGUUCUACCCUGUAAGCGCGAUCAGAAAUGAUUUCAGACACUUAGCUGCUGAUAGCCCAACGUGUCUCAGGGAUUAGCUGAGCCUUGUCGUUACGGAGUCGCAUCAUUUGACUUGGAAGCAACCAAGUGCAACACGGCAGCGGGUUUGAUGAUAUUUGUUCCAGCCUUACUGUUGUUGAGAGUUGAACUUGCUAAUGAAUGACCACAUGCUCAGAAGUAGGAAUAUUUUGUAUUGCAUGAACUAAAAAAAUGCAACAGAAAUGCAGUUUGGGUUCAUAUAUAUUCUGUACAAAUGUAGAUGGUUGUAAGUUUGAAAGAAUGCACACACAAUGGUAAUGAUUUUUAUGGAUAAAACGUAGCGCAGUAAUGAGCCAUACUUGAGUGCAAGUAAACAACUUCUCCGUUAUCUGUGUGGUGUGGCAGUGCAUAUGCUGGCCUUUUUAUCUGUUCUGUUUUUAUAUUUCUGUACCAAGUUUGAUGAAUGAAUAAUGUUGAGUUACAAGUGAAAGAUGUGUAUUUCUGAAUUACUCCUUUUUAUUCUUAUGUAAUUAAAACUUGCAUUCCAUUUCUGA